UUUUAUUUCUUUUUAAGUUUCAAAGGAAUUCCAACUAAGGCGCCCUAUCAUACAACACUUGUGUUUGACUGGAAUCCUUGCACAAAGUUUAGCGAAGGUAGUAGCUGCAUUGACCUUUUGGUAAGUGUUUUAAAGGCUAUAUAGCAGUAAAUGGCACAAUUAAGAAGGUACAAAAGUCAAUAGGAAGCUGGCCCAAAUCUUACGAUUUAUAAGUAAAAGGAGUGAGGACUGUUGGUGGGGCAGUACUAACCCCAAGUGCAGUAGAUGUUCUCCUUCCGAAGACUUGAACUCGGAACGUCUGAGAGAAAAAAUUAAACUUGCUGUUGGUCAGAACUCAGGAUCUGCAGACAGCGAUUGGAUACGCUGAUAGCCUGCGUAGCUGGCGGAAAGCACCAAUGGAACGAAUUUUGCUAUAGGCCGCGAGAAGAAUGGGAAUACAUCAACCCUGAUCCCGCCAGCUACGCAAGUCAAUGCUGACAGUGGCGUUUUUUUUUUCUUUUUUUUUAAAGCUCAAAAUCCAUUCGCCGUUCGGGCUAAGGCAAUGUUGAUAUUUUUAAAAAUCACUCUCUUGCAAAUAAACUUCCAGUUUAAGUCGAAGUAGUUAAAACACUUUUUGUGCAUACUUAAGAAGGUAUUAAGCAAAACUGCGCCUGCUUGCGGUGAAAGCAUGUUUCAUUUACAUGUAUCACAAGAUUAUUUAUUGGACAAAAUUUGAAGGGCAGAAAUACAGUUGAGCGACACGGUCCCCUAAUAGCUUCUCCUUUAUUUGUUUUUAAGAUCUGCCAAAAGUUUUCUUUGUCUCCGGAGAACACCUUUCCAUGUGGUGACACUGUUGGUAGUUUUGAAGUAAACAGCGAAGGAAAUACAGUCAUGAAUUACGAGCCUGUCGUUGACGCAACCGGAUACAAAAGGUAGGUUAGAGUUCUUGUAAAUCGGCCUACGUUUAAUGACAUAUACUUUUAAAAACCACUGAAGACGUGAUUUGGUUAAUUGAUGGUAAGAGACUGAUUUUGGUUAUUUAUGGCUCAGUCUUUUCCAAGCGUUCCCAUCCCCAGGCCCUACUCAUCAAAAGUCCUCCCAGGGGUGGCGAAUUUGUCAUAUAAUAAAUUUGGUAAGUCUUCUGCCUCUUUAAAAAGGAAAGCCUAUAGGAUAAAAAGUAUAUAAGCACAACCUUUAUUCAAGAAAUUAUAUCAAACUCUGCUUAUUGUUAAGGUUGCGUGAAAACGUUGUUUGUUCAUUUGAAGCGCUCAAAUGUUGUUGGGUCCUCAUAAAACUUGCCUCCCCCCUCUCCUGUUACAUCAUUUCUGCGGUAUAUUUACCUCACAACCUACUCCCCGCGUUGUUUUCUUAGACAAGGAACUUUACUCUCUUUUGUCUCUCUUACCACUGACUACAAAGUUUCUCAACCAUUACGUUGAAAACGAAAAAGUAAUGACGAAAAGUUCGUCAUAGAUCAAUGCACCUGCUUUAAUAUCGGAGCCACCUUAAACAAUUAAAAAUUCCAUAAAAGGAGCGAAAUUAACCCAAAAUUGCAACCCAAAGUUUGAUGGUUUUUUUAAAAAAAAUCACCUUUACCACACCCUAACCAGAGGGAGGGGGCGAUUUUGAAGAGAAGACCACCAUAUUGAGAGAAAACGUAAUUGAGGGCUUUGGGGAGCUGUGCAAAGAAUUUGAUAGCCUGUGAGCGAGCUCUCCGGGUCGCUCUGGCGGCGGGGCUGGAAAAGGAAUGAGACCUUGCAACUACGUCUCUACGUCUCUCUCUCUCUCUUCUCUACAAUCCGGAAGGCCGCUGUUGAUGUGAACACUUUCCACAUGAGAAAUUGGUGCUGAAAACCGUUCAGUGAAUUAUUUUUAUAAUUAUUGUUAUUAUUAUUAUUAUUAUUAUUAUUAUUAUUAUUAUUAUUUUGCUAUUAUUGUUGUUGUUGUUGUUGUCGAUGAUGAUACUUAUUGGUUUACUUGUCCUUCGACCAUCCAUUUCAAGUUUCUAACAAAAUGCGACAAGGGUCAUUACAAAGUGCGACAGCUUCUUUUUUGGCAAAGUGUGAUUUUCUGUUAUUGCAAAGUGCGACAGCUUUUUAUUACAAGUGUGCAGGUACUACAAAGUGCGACAGUUUUAUUACAAAGUGCGACAGAACAUGGAGUCAUCAGUGCAAACCGAUGCUUAUAUAUCCCCACCAAUUUGCACCAACUGACUAAUUUUUAGCUAGUGAACAUUUUUCAUCUUGUUUUUUCUGGAUAUCCCAACCUAUCCCAUAAUUUCACGAAUUUAGUUUUUGUGACUUCAUCACUUCUCUUCUCUAUUAAAGCUGAAAGAAGACGUGGCACACAUAAGGAUUUACCAAAACGCUAGCGCUCGAAACACUCACUUUAAUGACGACAAUCACUUACAAAAUGAUGUCUAUCCUUUCUAUUUUCUUUUUUUUUUUCAGGACCUUCAAAAUUACUCUAAAAUGUGAUCCUGGCAAAUUUCCAGGCUACACAGACGGUGUUACAGAAGUUUACACGCCCUUAACAUCAGAAUACGUAAGAACUAUGGUUCUACAGCUGUAUUUGCCUUACUUUUAUUUUCAAUCAAAAGAAAAUGAUUCCUUCUCUUUUUACAUUCUCUCUUGUUUUCGAUUGUGUUUUGGGCAAAUGUUUUUUCAACAUAACGACACUGGGAUUUGCUCAUGGCUAUUUGAGUACUACCUAUGAUUAAAACGACCUUUUAAAAGGCGAAAUACCUUCACUCCCAAAGUUUUAUCUAAGUUAAAAUCCGAGAAAAAUCUCAAAUUUCAUUUUGUUAAGCACUGAAAGGCGAGAUAGAGAAUACUGUAUUUGAAUGGUCACACCAUCAGAAGUUAAAACGACAAAAGUCAAAAGUUAGAACAACAAAUGGUUUGCGUCUUAUCUUCAAGGUAGGUUACAGACCACCCAAAUUGGUCAAAAUAUCUCACAAAAAAGUACAGAUAACGUGUGGUGUUCCUCAAGAGCCUGUUUUAGGUCCAAUAUUAUUUCUUCUUUAAAAUAAUGAUAAUAACUGUCAACGAAAAACUUUGUAAUUUAUACGGUUGGCUCUGCUGAAAUAUAAGUUUUAAUGUUGAAUCAAACUUUUUUUAUCUUUCAUUCAUACCUCAGGAAAUUAACAUACAAGCCUAUUAGCUAACCAACUCAAUAAGUAUACUGCAUUUAGCUGUAAAGAAGAUAUAAAGUAUUUGGGUGGUUGAACAUGUCUUAGAUAAAAUAAGGAAAGCAGACUUGUUUCUUAUGCUGGCUGGCUUCAACGAUAGUAGAAUUUGUUUACAGACAACAAUUUACUCUUUUAAACCGUACUUUAAUUUUCGGACAUUUAAACAUUAUGCAUUCAACAUGUGUCGAAACUUUACCUAGUUGAUCUGUUUGUUCGCAGAGUAUGACAUUUUCGUCAAAAUGCGCGUGUGAUGAUGGCUGUUUCAAACAAUCCAGCUGA